ACGGUCAGAAAUUCUGCCAAGUUCCGUUUGAUCCAAAGCUGCGCAGAUUUUCGCUUGCGACGAUGAUGAUGAUGCUUGAGCUCGGCAGAGAGUUCUCGGACCACUUCGGUCACCGCAUUCAUCUCGUUGUCAUGGCGAUCGACUCUCCCGCGUCUCUAGUCCCAUUUCCUCAUUCUACGCUCAUGCUUAGCUCACUUGGUGGGAAAUGGCGGUAGUUUGAGCUGGUUAGGGUUUAGCAUUUGGUGUUGCAGGUGUUCUCUGAAACUUUUUGUUGGUGUAGGAAACCAUUCUGAGCUUUCUGUACAGUUUUGGAGGUUGUGGGUGCCUUUGAGGAUGCGAGGAUGUGUCGGUGAAUCGAUUACUUGCCGGGUUUUUGUUGAGGGACGUGAUGGGUUUUUGUAGAAUUUGAGAGGUUGUUGCUUAGAGCUGUGAUGGUGGCUUAGACUUUGUAACUAGUGACACUAUAUAUAUUGUAGGUGCGGAGAGUGGGUAAUUUUUUUGGAAGCUUUGAUGUUGUGUAAGGUUGUAAGGGGUUGAGUGUCGGCGUUGUUACCUCCGAGGUGAGGUCGACAAUGGCAGGUGUGUGGGGAGCCUCUGUUGCUGAAGGUUCCAGCGAUGACUUGCCCCAAUUGUCGGAAGAUGUGACGCCGCGAUGACACUGACGCACAGCGAGAUUGGACAGUGCGGAAGUAUGUAGGAUGGUUUACCCGGAGAGCGCUAUGGCGAGACGUGACCCAAGCUCGGAGAAGGAAAAUAUGGUUCCCCGAGUGCACAGGUCUGAAAUGGCAUCAAGUGGAUUAAGCUCAGUUCGAACUCGGGGAUUGGCAGCCAGCGAACACAGAUCACACGCCGUCUUGAAAGAGUCGUCGUUACAAAAUCAGUGUCCUGCUGCCGUGAACUUGUGCAAGACGAAUCUCGCAUCUUCUGAUAAGGAUUGGCUGAAGAACUCCUCUGCUGAUUAUUUCAGUGGGAAGCAACCUGCGAAGUCGCUCGAACUCCUGAGGGAAAAAAUAGGGCAGCUGAGAAAUGGUGGUGCUCUAAAGCAGUCAUCUCCAAAAACAGCGUCGACACUUGAUCAUCAUUCGGUCGGUGAAUCACAUUCUCGAGGUCAUACACCGAGUAUUUUCGAAUCGUCUGUUCAUGUCUACAGGGAUGAGAAGGUUUUGAAUUCAGGAGGUACCCUGAAAGAAAAGAUGAAACCAGAGAGUCACACACGGAAGGAUGAGGUGUAUUCCAGGAACAUUUCACCACCUUUUCUUGAGUACGAAAAAAAUUCAAUAGAGCAGAAUUACGAUGAUCGUGAAUCUCCAGUCUCUUUUUCGACGCCGUCCAUAUCUUUCACUGGAAAAGGUCAGUUAUUUCAGAACAAGGCGGACAGAGGAGGGCAAAUCACUAGCGAAAAACAAUCAUCAUUCGAACAUGAUAUGAAGAGCAUUGUGAACCAAAACCAGCGGGGGGAAAACUUGACUGCUGGCGAAACUGCACGGAAUACUAGUCCUCAAGAGGAAGUGGCUAGAGGCAGCCGUGAGAAUUCUGUAGAGCGUCUUCCAAUACCUAGUACGAUUGAUAAAAUCAUCAAGCGUGCAAAAUGCUCCAGAUCUGGUCCAGCACUGAGAGUUCGGAGAGAUGACCCUCGGGCGUAUCCAAGAACUCAAGGACCCAAGGUUGAUCACAGUCCUAGUUCUGAGAAAUCAUCUGACGAUGAACAGAAGAGUGCGGAGAAACUGCAUUUAUUAAAGACGAAUGACAAUCAUGGAAACGACCCACCAGUCGCACCUGCAGCACUGGAGGCGUUUAACAGCAGCAAUCAGAGAAUGAAACAAGAUACUCUAAUGCCGGCGGAUGAAGACUACGCAAGAAAGCGGAAAGCUGAAGCUGAUCCUUCUAUCACAGAUUCGUCUCUUCUUCUUUCGGGAGUAGGCAGUGUUAGACCAGUUUCCAUAGAAGAUAAUGAGGGAGUUCAUAAAGGGGGUAGUCUAACUCAAAGGGAGCGGGAAAGACAUCAGCAAAUUAUCAAUAAAGAAAUAAGGACAGACUUGACUUCCUUGGAGCAAAGUGGCGAAAGAUGGGCUGAAGAUGUCGCCGGUCAUCCUCUCACAGGCUCCUGCACCAAAGGUACUCCGCGAUAUGAGAGGGAGCCUUGGGCGUGGAAAACAUCCAGAGAUACACGAUCAUUGGUUCUUCCAUCACCGACCGUGCUGGAUUGUACGAAGUCUGCGAAAUUGACUGGAGGAAUACCACCUCGCUAUGUUCCCCCAAAUUUUGAAUCUCGAGAGCGCAAAGCUGAAGCGAAUGAUUCACCUUCAUCGGAAGGUCUCAAGCAUCAUUGUGAUGUUCUCAAGCAGAUGAAUGAAGCAGAGAAAAGGGAACCGAACAAUGGGUUCUCUUUUCACUCAAAUCUUAAUGUGAAACCUGCCAUUACAGAUAACAGUGAUGCUAAUCAUCUCUCUAGCACUUUCAGCUCCGUCAGCAUAGAAGACAGAAGUCCGCGGUCUAAUUUGGUUACGAAGUCUUCAAUGGAGGCAAGAACUGUAACGCAAAUUUCUGGGCACCACAUGAAUUUCGUUGCCACAGAAUGUAGGUCUUCUAGUGGAGUAACAGGAGCGACUGGGUUAACUGGUUUGACAUCUCAAAGUGUUGGGAUUCCUUAUAAGACUGCUACGACUUCUUCGCAUGGUGUCGAGGCGCAACAAAGGCCUCACAGUCAGCAAACUGCAAAAGAGGGAGAUUGUGGAAUUGAGAUGGCUGACGGUAAUGGAUCGUUGAAGCCUACAGCUAGAUCGGCAGUAGCCGUUUCAGAAUAUCCGGUUCAUGGAGGUCAUGAAGGUAAUCCUGCGAAAGCUAGUGACCCACCUAAGGAAAGGGGAGAAAAGAAUCACAAGGAUCCCUCUACCACUCAACCGCCACCUCGAAAAUCACGCACGGAAAUUGAGAAUGAUCACUUUGUUUACGUCAAUGGAAUACGGUAUCAGAAGUUAGGACAGAUUGGAAAAGGAGGCAGCAGUGAGGUCUUUAAGGUUAUUGCGUCUAACUGCUCUAUUUACGCUCUAAAACGUAUCAAUUUGAAAGGUCGGGAUUGGUCAACUGCACAAGAGUUUUAUCAAGAAAUUAAGUACCUUAAGGCGUUGCGUGGCAAACGUCAUAUUAUCCAGCUUGUUGAUUCUGAGGUCACCAACCAGAAAGUUUUGGAGAAAAGAUGGGAAGGUCAAGAAAUUUCGGAAGAGGCUUUUAUUUACAUGGUGCUGGAGUAUGGAGAGAUUGAUUUGGCUGGCAUGCUUGUUGCAAAGCGUAAGGAAAUGCAAAGUAGUCACGAAACGAAAAUUGACGAGAAUUGGCUUCGAUUCUACUGGCAGCAAAUACUGGAAGCUGUUAGGACUAUCCAUGAUGAGCGUAUUGUGCACUCUGAUUUGAAACCAGCAAACUUUAUGCUAGUCAGGGGAGAACUAAAGCUCAUCGAUUUUGGAAUAGCAAAAGCUAUUCAAAAUGAUACCACUAACAUUGUGCGAGAUUCUCUGGGAGGCACAUUGAAUUACAUGGCUCCAGAAGCCUGUCUACAGAAUCAAACAGAUGAGGAAGGUCUGGAAAUCAAGCAAGGCCGAGCGUCAGAUAUCUGGUCUUUGGGUUGCAUCCUCUAUCAGAUGGUUUACGGGCACACUCCGUUUGCUGAGCUUGGAUUUUACUCCAAAAUUCAAGCUAUUACAAAUCCGCAUCACAAAAUUCAUUAUCCUGAUGUACCGAAUCCCUGGUUACUGGAUAUCAUGAAAAGGUGCCUAACUUGGGAUCGUAGAAAGCGGCUACGAAUUCCAGAACUUCUCGAGCACCCCUUUCUACAGCCUCAUCUAGCUCCCUAUUGCCCCAGAUGUGAGCAGAUAUACCAGAUGUUAGCAAGAACCCAUUCUAGUUCAGAAAGGUCUAAGAUUGUUGAAUCACUACUGACAAGUUUUGGAAGUUGGGGGCAUUCCUGUGCAACCGGGAAUUCUGGACACCUAGGACAUGAGUCUCCUACUUAGAGACCCAUGUUAAUCCAGUUCAUUAACAGCCGGAAGGAAAUACAUGAACGUCUGCAACUAGGCUUGUUGGAACUGAAACUGGGUACAUUACGGUUAUAUUGAUGGUGGCGUUUUGCAAGGCAUGGCAAAUAUUAGAACGUUUGUUGAUAGGUGGAGCCAGUUGUUUCGAGAGGCUGAACAAUUCUCGCACCCGACAUGCCGGACUACGUCAUUGAACAGAAGUAUGUACUUCUAGACGCAGAAGAUUUGCAACUGAAAAUGGUGCUUUAUACAGAGACCUUCAUCCCUUAAGUUACGGAAGCCAUUGAAAAACCUCAGUGCGAAGGCUUUGCCUUUGGCACCUUCACUACCUUCAGGGCCUUCUUCAAAAUAGCUUUUUCUCAUUACUUUUCUUUUCGUUGGGGACAUUGCGGAAGGAUUACCUAGUGGUGGAAGCUUCUAAUCCUCCAGUGCAUACUGGCACUGCAUUUUCACUGCCAUCCAGGCUUACUUCCUUUGAGUUGCUGCACCUUUACCUCAUGCGAACUAAAAAUGUACAACUAUAUAUCGGUAUAUAUAUUAGCUUUCGGUCAUAUAUCCUGUUCUGUAAAGAUAUAUUCCUAAUUCAGGCCCAAUUUUGAGGUAGUGUAGGUUUUUUAUGCAAUUGUGCUCUUCGUUUGACAUUACGUCAAAGCUCACUGAUCGAUGUGCUUCGAGUUUUCCUUCGCUCAACUCUUCCCCAGUAGUCGUGGAUCUCACCUGUUGUCCUUUACUGUCCCUUCCAGCAGAUGAUAGUGAAACAUUUGUAAUUGAAGUUGUACACUAGAUUUCUGGCAUGCUAACCAGCUGUUGAGCGGUUGCUGCUUGUGCAGAGCAGUGAUUCGUAAUCUAUCACGAUGCUGUAUUUUCUAA